AUGUCUGUUUAUAACCUCAAUCACAUGCACCUUCAUGCUGGAUUGACCAUGCCCAUGGUCGAGCAUUGCCUGGGUGGCAAAGGACUGCCCCAUAAGCCUCAUGAUGGUGGGUUCUCUUCCUGCAACAGUCCCUCUAGCAGUGCUGAGGUCAAAGUGGAGACAACUGGUGUCUUAGCUGAGAUGUAUGGAAUAUUGGAGUCAUCCACUCACACAGUUUUCAAUCUGCAGCAUGAAUCAAAGAGUCAGCUGAAUCACAAGGCACUUCUCCUUCUCGAUGUAGGCACACACACAACAUGUGAAGUCUUUCAUGUGGAACAAGCUCUGGCUGCAUGCAUCGCCCACAAAUAUGAAUCGAUGGCCAAGUUGUACAAGUACAAGGCAGGCAGCAGUGAGAUCUUGAUAGGCACAGUUAUUGAGCAUGCUGGUAGUUCAAAUACUUGCCAUUCAGUCUAG